CCGUCGUCGUCAUCCCCCGCUCGAAACGUCACUGGGAAAUCUAGGUCUUUUUCCGCUUUAUCCCCCUCCCCACGUAAUUCGCCCUUCUCGAAUUGCCUCCUCCCUUUUCGUCGAUUCCUCCUCCUCGUAACUGCUGCGAAUCCCCGGAACCAGUUCGAAUUCGGAUCGGGGCGGCGUAACAUGGCGUCCUCCGACGACGAGGCCGAGGCCGAGGCCCUGCCGGAGACGGUCUCCACUUACUACUUCGAGGACCACGACGACGAGCCGGUCUCGUUCUCCGUCCUGCCGCUGCGGUGGGGCGAGGCGGAUGGCGGCGGCGAGGACGCGGCGGCGGAGACCGUCUUCCUGCACGGGACCGCCGAUGGCGGCCUCCGGAAGGUUUACAGGGAGGUCAAGUCCUGGAGGUUCGAUCUCGGCGGCUCGGGGCCGGAGGUGUCGGUGCUCUCCAAGGACAAUGUCUUCUUCAAGCUCGAUAGGCCGAGGAGGAGCUUCCAGGAUACGAUCAGGACCGUGCUGAUCACGUUGCACUGCCUGCACUACGCCAAGUAUCACCCGGACGUGUCCGCAGAAGCGCUGUGGGAGCACUUGGCUAGAACCUUGGGGUUCUACGAGGUCCGGCCUUCGGCGAAGGAUUUGCAGGACCAUGUGGCCUUAAUUAAAGAGGCUAUGGGGAAGGAUGAUGCAUUGGCGAAAUCCAAGGUUCUGAGCAAAUUGACGGAAGAGAAGCCCUGGGAGAGGAGUAAAUCUGGCGAGAAUGUUGCAAAGCCUAGUUUCAUUGUGGAUGACACUGAAGAUGUCGGGAUGGAAGAUGUUGAAGAUGAGACUGCGGAAGAGGAUGAUUGUUUUGAUUCUGUUUGUGCGCUAUGUGAUAACGGUGGUAACCUUUUAUGCUGUGACGGAAAAUGUAUGAGGUCAUUUCAUGCUACUGAAGAAGAUGGUGAAGACUCUCUUUGCGAUUCUCUUGGAUAUUCACAGCAUGAAGUUGAUGCAAUGCAGACUUAUAAGUGUGAAAAUUGUGUACACAAACUGCACCAGUGCUUUGCAUGUGGGAAGUUGGGCUGCUCUGACAAGUCUUCUGGUGCCGAUGUCUUUCAAUGUGUUUCUGCUACUUGCGGCCACUUCUACCAUCCCCAUUGUGUAGCAAAAUUGUUCCAUCGCAAAGAUGAAGUUGCUGCAGAAAAAUUUAAGCUGAGGAUUGUUGCAGGCGAAAGUUUCACAUGUCCUGUACAUAAAUGCUGUGUUUGCAAUCAAAUAGAAAACAAGAAGGAACAUGAUCUGCAAUUUGCUGUAUGCAGACGAUGCCCCAAGUCUUACCAUAGAAAAUGCUUGCCAAAGGAAAUUGUUUUCGAAGAUUCAGAUGAAGAUGCAAUAACAAGGGCAUGGGAGGAAUUGCUACCCAAUCGCAUAUUAAUUUAUUGUUUAAAGCAUGAUAUUGAUGAAGAGAUUGGGACUCCAGUUCGAAACCACGUAAAGUUUCCUACUAUUCGAGCAAAUAGGGCUGCCGUUGGAGAGAAAAGGAAAAGACCAAUAUUGGAAUCACUCUCUACCGCAGGGAAAGGUUUAAAGAAGAAACCUCUUGCUUCAGAGGACUCCUCGAAAAGAGCUUCAGGAAAAUGUUCAUUUGGAAAGGAGAAAUCUCCUUUAACGAAGAAAGAAGGUGAAAAAGACAAAAAAGUGAAAGUAUCAUCUGGACAAGAUUUAGCCAAGAAAGCGAAAGCGAAGGCGACAGAUGCAUCCAAGAAAUUUCACAAGGAUACUGCCAAGUCCAGGUCUUUGGAGCCCAGCACAUCUUUUACCACAAGGGAGCACACUUCUCUGGGUGAAAGCUUAUGUUCCUUCAUGACAAAGGCAUCUGAGCAAAUAAAACCAGGAAAACAAGUUGUACCAGAUAGUGAAGAGACAAGACCAGUGCAGCCUGCUUCCAAGGAGUCUGAUGACUCACUUCCUGAACUAGAUGCUGACGCAGAGAGGAGGCUGUUGAAUCUAAUGAAAGAGGCUGUAUCUUCAGUAAGUAUGGGAGAUGUUAUGAGGAAGCAGAAAGUGCCAUCUACUCAUGCACAAUAUCUGAAGUCAACUGUUGAUAAGGCAAUUACUAUUGGGAAAGUGGAGGGUUCAGUUCAGGCUCUUCGAGCAGCUUUACAGAGGCUAGAGGAAGGAGACAGCAAUGAAGAUGCAAAAGCUGUCUGUGACCCAGAUGUUGUAACCCAGAUUUUUAAGUGGAAGGACAAGCUUAGAGUAUAUCUAGCACCAUUUAUAUAUGGUAUGCGCUACACUUCCUUUGGUCGACAUUUUACGAAAGUGGAUAAACUUCAAGAGAUUGUUGACAAGCUCCAUUGGUAUGCUCGGGAUGGUGACAUGAUUGUUGACUUCUGUUGUGGGGCUAAUGAUUUUAGCUGCUUAAUGGCAAAGAAGCUUGAAGAGACUGGAAAGAAGUGCUCUUACAAAAAUUAUGAUAUAUUUCCACCAAAGAAUAACUUCGAGUUUGAACUAAGGGACUGGAUGACUGUCCAACUAAAAGAGCUACCUUAUGGAUCGAAAUUGAUCAUGGGGCUAAAUCCUCCUUUCGGAGUUAGAGCAGCUUUGGCAAACAAGUUUAUUGAUAAAGCUCUUGAAUUCAAACCAAAGCUCCUUAUUCUGAUUGUUCCAUCAGAAACUAAAAGAUUAGAUGAGAAAAAGUUUCGGUAUGAUCUGGUGUGGGAAGACAAUCAAUUCUUGUCUGGAAAGUCAUUUUAUUUGCCAGGGUCUGUUGAUGUGAAGGAUAAACAAAUUGAACAGUGGAACAAUAAGCCACCGUUGCUGUAUCUAUGGAGCCGGCGAGAUUGGACUGCAAGACAUAGGACCGUAGCUCAAAAGCAGGGUCACUUGCCGACGAAGAGUAAGAGGCCACAGUCAAACGAUGACUGCAAUGGAUCACUGGAUCUUCAUUAUCUGAAAGAUGACCGGAGCCUUUGCAUCGGUACUUCGUCACAUACAAGUGAUACCUCUGUGCCAAUGGGUAGGCCUGAAGAAACCAAAGACAGAGUCAAUAUGGCCGAAGGUCAAAAAGGGCGUUUUUUACGAAAUGACAGCGGGAGAGAAAGCAGGGAGAGCCAGUCUACCAAGACUUCUGCGGGGAAGACCAAUGGUGUAGGAACCAGUGGAAGAGAAAGUUUUGAGAAGUCACCUGCAAAGGAAACACCUCAUCAUCUCUUGCUCAAGUUGACAGAUGGGAAGUUGUCAUUCAACGAUCGGUCCUGUAAGCAAAAGGCCGAUGGUAGCAGAACACGUGGAAGAGAAAUUGAUGAGAAGGAUCUACCUCAUCGUUCCUCACCCAAUUUGACGAAUGGGGAGUCUUCAUUCAAUGAUCGGUCCUCUAGGGAAAAGGCAGGUGGUAGAGGAACACGUGGAAGAGAAAUUAACAAGGGGCCACCAGCAAAGGUAAGCUCUCGUCGUCCCUCACCCAGGUCAUCCGUCAAUAACCGAUCCUCAAGGUCGCGGGAAGUUCCCUUUGAGAAUGAUGUCAAUGACAUGAAUUAUCAACAAGCUGACCCAAGCUUGUCACAUGCUGAGAACGUUUAUGGUGGGCGAGGAACCACUCUCUCUGAGGAUGCCAGCAGGAUGUAUGGACUAAACAACAAUAAAUACUAUUCAACUCAGAGAUGGUCAAGUGGUGGUGGUCCUACCAAUUAUGGGGCUCAGAACUUGGAGAGACCGUAUACGGCUCAUAUGAGGGACACUGACAACUACAGACCCAAUGUCUCUGAACCCGAAGAUAGAUACUGGAGGGUCCGAGAGAUGCGUUCGCAGGUCCGUCUUUAUGGUCAGCAAGAUCCAAAUGCAUCUCAAAGAAAUUACAUGGCAGGUCAUGAUCCCGGGUACGGCCAGCUAGGGCCCGCGACAUCUAACUAUGGACUCCUGGGUUCCAUCGCCGAAUCGUCCCAGCGAGCCGACAUGUCUGCGAUGCAACGAUAUGCUCCCCGUUUGGAUGAACUGAAUCCAAUGAGAAUGAACAAUGCGAGGCCCGAGGCACCUGCGAUUCGUGGAAACGGGUAUCUCGAUCCUAACAGGGUACCGCAAUUUGGAUACCAAGGUGACUCUUUUGGCUUUGCUACUGGUCCUCGUCGGCCGUACUCUCAACAGAACUCUUCCGGCUGGCUUAAUGAAUAAGUGCUUGGAUGUUUGCUUCUUCCCGUUCUCCCUCUUUCUAGAUUUCAGACGGUUAAGUGUGAACAAUAUUUUUCAUGUUCUCAACGGCAAAUCUUAUAUAAUUUUAGUUCGGAGAAGAGGGCAAGUUUUUCA